AUGAAUAAGACUCUGCGUGUGCGUAUGCGUAUGGGCAUGCGUUUGAUAUCUUCCCACAGUUAUCAUGAAAUAGGCAAGCUAGGCAAGCAUUUGAACAAAGGGAGAAUCAAGUUAAUUUUGAACAAUGUGCUAUUCCUCGGCUCGAGUACUCAGACCAUUGUUGGUAGGCCCAUUGUACCAGAUGCAGCUGUUCAUGCAGUUGUUGAAGAGCAUGCAUUAGAUGCAAAGGUCAUUAUUUUUAAGAAAAAGAGAAGGAAGAAUUAUCGCCGAACCAAAGGACAUCGGCAGGAGCUGACUAAAUUAAGGAUAACUGAUAUUCAAGGAAUUGAGAAACCUGAAAAGAUAGUCACCGAGAAGCCUACAAAGUUUGGUGAGAAGAAGCCAGAAAAGGUUCCAGUCACUGCUUAA